AGAGAGGAUCGGUCGGCAGCCUGUGUGCUUCCCCGCAUCCUUAUAAAAUUGUAUAACAUCUCGCGCCGACCUCGGUCUGCCUCGACAUCGAGAGGCGCUUCUACCACAGCACAAUCCUUUACCAUUUGGAUCCUGUCUUUCCUUCCACCCCGGAUCUGGGCAUAAUAUGAGACUCCGAAGGGCUGCGCGUGUCAUCUUAGUUGGAGCUCCUGGCGUGGGGAAGGGCACUCAAUCAGAGAGGUUAUUACACCGCUUCCCGCAGCUCUCCGCCAUAAGCUCGGGGGAUCUCCUUCGCAAUAAUGUCAAGCAGAGAACACCACUCGGCAUCAAGGUCGAGAGCACGAUGAAAGCCGGCGGUCUGGUCUCCGACGAUUUGAUCCUGCGCCUCAUCAGCAACGAACUCAACCAGCGGGGAUGGCUGUUCUCGGGGAACAACAAGGCCAACGUCAUGACCCUAUGCUCGUCGGGGAUGGCGACUGAGGGACAGUCACUAGACGACGAUGCCGAGGUGGCGGCGUUCCUCUCCUCCCCCGCGCUCGCGCGGAACAGCUACGUCCAGCCCCGAGCAUCCGACGACCCCUCGGCCUCGUUCCUCCUCGACGGCUUCCCGCGGACGGCGACGCAGGCCGAGCGCCUGGACGCGAUCGUGCCCAUCAACCUCGCCGUGUCCAUCAACACGCCCCUCGAGGUCAUCGUGGAGCGCAUCUCGGGCCGGUGGGUGCACGAGCCGUCCGGGAGGGUCUACAACACCACGUACAACGCCCCCCAGGUGCCCGGCCGCGACGACGUCACCGGGGAGCCGCUGGUGCGCAGGUCCGACGACGACGAGGAGGUCUACCGAUCUAGGUUCCGCAAGUUCCGCGAGACCAGCGAGCCGCUGCUGGAGCACUACGCGCGCAAGGGCGUCCUGUGGGAGGUCGAGGGCAUGAGCAGCGAUGAGAUUACUCCCAAGCUCUGCCGGGAGUUCGAGAAACGAUUUGUUGAUUAGAUUGGGCGCAGGGGGGUGCGUGUUUAGGUCUGGGGCGCCAACUGCUACCUCAAUAGGGAGCAGCCUCCGUGUAUGUAUGUAUCGGCAGCGAUGCCGUAUGGGUUUGCGAUUUUGGGAGUUGGGGCACGGCGUUUUUGAGCGGCAUCAAAUCCGAGUUCACCGAGUUUGAACUCUGGCCUGCUUUGGGAGUGGCUUUAAUCGAUCAAUAUUCAUUUCCCCGUCCCCGGUCCG